AUGGCAAAAACGCGAAUAUGGCAAAAACGCGAAUAUGGCAAAAACGCGAAUAUGGCAAAAACGCGAAUAUGGCAAAAACGCGAAUAUGGCAAAAACGCAAAUAUGGCAAAAACGCAAAUAUGGCAAAAACGCAAAUAUGGCAAAAACGCAAAUAUGGGAAAAACGCAAAUAUGGGAAAAACGCAAAUAUGGGAAAAACGCAAAUAUGGGAAAAACGCAAAUAUGGGAAAAACGCAAAUAUGGGAAAAACGCAAAUAUGGGAAAAACGCAAAUAUGGGAAAAACGCAAAUAUGGGAAAAACGCAAAUAUGGGAAAGACGCAAAUAUGGGAAAGACGCAAAUAUGGGAAAGACGCAAAUAUGGGAAAAACGCAAAUAUGGGAAAAACGCAAAUAUGGGAAAAAGGCAAAUAUGGGAAAAAGGCAAAUAUGGGAAAAAGGCAAAUAUGGGAAAAAGGCAAAUAUGGGAAAAAGGCAAAUAUGGGAAAAAGGCAAAUAUGGGAAAAAGGCAAAUAUGGGAAAAAGGCAAAUAUGGGAAAAAGGCAAAUAUGGGAAAAAGGCAAAUAUGGGGAAAAUGCAAAUAUGGGGAAAACGCAAACAUGGGAAAAACGCAAAUAUGGGAAAAACGCAAUAUGGGAAAAACGCAAAUAUGGCAAAAACGCAAAUAUGGCAAAAUCGCAAAUAUGUGAAAAACGCAAAUAUGGCAAAAACGCAAAUAUGGCAAAAACGCAAAUAUGGCAAAAACGCAAAUAUGGCAAAAACGCAAAUAUGGCAAAAACGCAAAUAUGGCAAAAACGCAAAUACGGCAAAAACGCAAAUAUGGCAAAAACGCAAAUAUGGAAAAACGCAAUAUAGCAAAAACGCAAAUAUAGCGAAAACGGAAAUAUGA